UGCUUCGGUGUCGGUAAUUCAUGGCAAGCUAAAAAUGGGUGAUAACCGUAGAAUCUUCUCAGAAGGGCACGUUUCCGUGCUGCGAUCUCUGCCCUCCUCCUUUCUCUCUCACAAAGCUAAUUUACUAUCACCAAGGCAACUCCUGGAAUUAAACGCCUCCAUCUUACAAUAUCUCAAGCCAAUUCUUAAAUCAGAGCCUGAGAUUUACAGCAUACUUGAAUCCCGAUUGACAAAUCACGGUCCUCAUGGCGCAAAUGACGAGCAGAUUACAAAAUCCAUAGAGAUACCUGAAAAUUACCUACAAAAAAAAUGGACGACUGUACUAAGACUUCAGCGAAAUAUUCAGGAGUUGGAGAUGAAGAAUAAGGCAUUAGAAGGAAGAAACAAAGAAAUAGUAGAGAUGUUGGAUAAUGAAGUCAAAGCGAACCCACAUUGCUCAAUUUCGAAAAUCAACUGGAUUCCUUCGUUCCUGAAAUCGUCACUCAGAUUUCACACUUCCCCAAUCACAGCAAUAGCCAUUCAUUCGUUCAAUCCGUACAUAGUCACAGCCUCUCAGGAUGGUAUGAUGGUCAUAUGGAAUUUGCUGGAUCUUUCUGAACCUGUCAACCAAUUGAAAAACGCACAUUCCAAGUCGAUCAAUAUGGUAACCUUUCAAAAAGGUACCUCUUAUCUAAUCUCAUGUUCCUCUGAUCAGUUCAUCAAAGUGUGGGAUCUUUCCACUCCAGACGAUGUGCGCAUUCCCAUAAAGUCCCUAACGGGACAUGAACAUAUUGUUUCGGCAAUAUCAUCUUCUCACAAAGAUCCUAAUAUACUAUUUUCCUGCUCUAGAGAUAAGACUAUAAAAGUUUGGGAUCUUCAAACAGGAUGGGCAUUACGCACCAUUGAUGCACAUUCCGAUUGGGUGAGAUCAAUAGACUCAAGUGGAGAUUAUUUGAUAUCAUGUUCUUCGGAUACAAGUAUUCGCUUGACGCAUUGGCCUACAGGUACGGGUGUUGGUUUGUGUUUGGGGCACAAGCAAGUUGUUGAAGACGUGAAAUUCAUUCCUAAAAAUUCGAAUGAGUACCUCGAUGCAUUCUUGGCAAAAACUGGUAAUAAAGGGACGCUAAGUUCUGAACAGAAAACUGAAUAUAGCCAAGUUGGAUACAAGUAUGCUGUAAGUUGUGGUCGUGAUAAGUUAAUCAAAAUAUGGAAACUACCACUGCCAGAUUAUAAUACGCUAAACGGGUCUCCUAUGGCAAACAGCUUAAAUCCAUACGGCGAGUGCAUAAAAGAAAUUAAGGGGCAUGCAUCGUGGGUUAGAUGCCUACAGAUACAUUAUAACGGAAGAUAUCUGAUAAGUUCUUCCGAUGAUCAAACUAUUAAGAUAUGGGACUUGAGUAAACUUGACGAGGAGGAAGUUAAACCUGUGAAAAGUCUACAAGGUCACCAAAGCUUUGUCAAUACAAUAGCUAUAUCUUCUCCUACCGAUGACGGUGAGCUAAGUGACGAUAAAAUAAGAUGCUAUUUGGUGAGUGGUGGUGCUGACAAUGUAGUGAACGUGUGGGCUUAAGUGUCUCAUGCGAAUAUGAGGUAACUGUAUUAAAGUUUGUGUGUAUAUAAAUCUAUAUCUAUAAAUGAUGAAUGCGGAAAGUUG